AGUGCUGCGUCACCGGGCGCCGGGCGCCAACGGGUUAUUCUCUGCGUGGCCGGCUCCGGGUGCGGUCGGACGUGCGUUUUCUGGUAGUUCGCCAUGGCCUCUACUGGGAGUCAUCCUUCGCCUGCCGUCGCCGCGCACGCCUCAGGGCCACCGCCCGCCCCGACGGGGAUCCUGAUCGGGGACCGGCUCUAUUCCGAGGUGUCGCUGACGAUCAGCCACUCGCUUAUUCCCGAAGAGCGGCUCUCGCCGACGCCCUCCAUGCAGGACGGCCUGGACCUCCACACCGAGACCGACCUGCGGAUCCUGGGCUGCGAACUCAUCCAGUCCGCAGGCAUCCUCCUCCGCCUGCCGCAGGUGGCGAUGGCAACCGGGCAGGUGCUGUUUCACCGCUUUUUCUAUUCCAAGUCCUUUGUCAAACACAGCUUCGAGAUUGUUGCUAUGGCAUGCAUCAAUCUUGCUUCCAAAAUUGAAGAAGCUCCACGUCGCAUAAGAGAUGUGAUCAAUGUUUUCCAUCACUUGCGCCAGAUAAGAGCUAAAAGGACUCCAAGCCCACUGAUACUUGAUCAGAACUACAUAAACACCAAAAAUCAAGUAAUCAAAGCAGAAAGAAGGGUGCUGAAGGAAUUGGGAUUUUGUGUUCAUGUCAAGCAUCCACAUAAGAUAAUUGUUAUGUACUUGCAAGUCUUAGAAUGUGAACGUAAUCAAACCCUCGUUCAAACCGCUUGGAAUUACAUGAACGAUAGCCUUCGAACCAAUGUUUUUGUUCGAUUUCAGCCAGAGACCAUAGCAUGUGCUUGUAUUUAUCUUGCUGCUAGAGCUCUACAAAUUCCUUUGCCUAACCGACCUCAUUGGUUUUUGCUUUUUGGGGCUACUGAAGAAGAUAUUCAGGAGAUAUGUUUAACAACACUUAAGCUGUACACUAGAAAGAAGCCUAACUAUGAUUUACUUGAUAAGGAAGUAGAAAAAAGAAAAAUGGCACUUCAGGAAGCUAAAUUAAAAGCAAAAGGAUUAAACCCAGAUGGAACGCCAGCUCUUUCAACAUUGGGAGGCUUUUCACCUGCUUCUAAGCCAUGUUCACCAAGAGAAAUGAAAAUAGAAGAUAAGUCUCCAGUGUGUAUCAAUGCAAAAGCUGUUAAAAAAGAGCCAGAAGACAGGCAGGUGGUUUCUAAGAGCCCAUACAAUGGUAUGAGAAAAGAGAGCAAAAGAAGUAGAAGCAGCAGAAGUGUGAGUCGAUCAAAGUCAAGGACAAAGUCACGGUCCAGGUCCCAUUCUCCAAGAAGGCAUUAUAACAAUAGGCGGAGCCUGUCUGGAACAUACAGCUCAAGAUCCAGAAGCAGAUCUCGUAGUCACAGUGGCAGUCCUAGGAGGCAUCACAAUCAUGGAUCACCACACCUGAAACCCAAGCACAGUAGAGAAGACUUGAAAAGUGUAAAUAGACAUGGUCACAAACGAAAAAAGUCUCGUUCACGUUCUCAGAGCAAAACCAGAGACCAUACAGAUGUUACCAAGAAACACAGGCAUGAACGAGGACACCACAGGGACAGGCGGGAGAGAUCUCGCUCAUUUGAAAGAUCACAUAAGAGCAAGCACCACAAUAGUAGCCGUUCAGGAGGACAUAGCCGGCACAGGCGCUAACUGGGGCAGACACAGCCUGUUAGUUAUGUUUGGAUGUUAUACAAUGUAUAAGACUGUUUCAGACUUGAAAAGAAGUUAUUUAGAAUUUUAUUUGAAACUCAGACCUUCAAUAUGUAGGAUUCAUUUUUUAAAGAACUGUUGAAUUUUGCACUCACAAUACCUUAGCAGUAUCAUACUGAUUUAAAGAAAAGGAGAUCAGGUUAAAUUGUAUGUGUUUAGAGUUGUUGUAUCAAUAUGAAAACUGGAGAAUCUGUUUCUGUAAAAAAUGUACGUUAUUUUUAUACAAACAUAUUGCAGACAUUUCUAUUUAAGUAUAGUUAUUUGUUUAAAAUAAUGGUGGAUACUUUCUUACACUGGUUUUAGUCUGCAUGUGUAAAUUUUUUUACAAAGAAAUAAAAUUAUAGAACUGUU